UGACAGAUACUGUCAAAAAACUGAAAAUUUUGACAUCAAACUUCGUAUAACUCAAAAAGUAAACAUCCUAUCUCAAAACCAUUCAAUAGCGACGGGGAGACCUUUCAUUUGCGACUAGUUUGAUCAAAAUCUGUCCAGCCAUCUCUGAGAUCUCGACCACUUAGCUAACAACACACAUACACACACACACAUACAGACACACACACACAUACAGACACACACACAUACACACACGGACAUUUGCUCAGUUCGUCGAGCUGAAUCGAUUGGUAUAUGACAUUCGGCCCUUCGGGCCUCGGAAAAUUUUUCUAAAGUUUGAGCGAAUUCUAUACCUAUUUUUUAUAUAUAUAAAAAAAGGUAAAAAUCCAAGAAAUUCAAUGGAAUGGUUUUUUAAUGGCCGCACGAAUCGCCAUCAUGCUCGUUUUACCCCAAAGGGCCAGCAGUUUUAGGGUUUUCUGUAGUAUUUGUUCUGUAACUUGAAAAGAAAUCGAGUGCGGUCUACUGAAAUAGCUUGUUUUUAUGUAAAAAUGUCUGGAGAAUCGAAUGGAAGAGUGUACACUGGCCGCACGAAACGUUUUGGUGGCUAUUUUACCCCAUUUCCUCCAUUUCAUAAUAUCUUAAACUGUAAAUCGUCCUUAAAUCUUAAACUUAUCUUAAACUGUAAAUCGUCCCUAAAUCUCGGAUUCUUCCAUUCGAUUCUACAGACUUUUCUACAUAAUAUAAGAUAGUUUUCGUAUUCUUUCAACGUGGUUCACUUAAGACUUAAGGGUGAUGAAAAUUUCACAUAUUUAAGGAAUUGGGGUAAAAUAGCCACCAAACCGUUUCGUACGGCCAGUGUACACUCUUCCAUUCGAUUCUCCAGACAUUUUUACAUAAAAACACGGCCAGUAUUAGUUCCGGCAUUCGAUUCUACAGACUUUUUUACAUAAGAUAAGCUAGAUUUAGUAAACUUCCAAUAAGUUUUAACAUGAUUUAAGACCGAUUUACAAUAAAAUACCAUAAAAUGGAGUAAAAUAGUCAUUAAAACGUUUCGUGCGGCCAGUGUAGGUUCUUCCAUUCGAUUCUCCAGACUUUUUUACAUGAAAGUAGGCUAUUCCAGAAUACUCGACUUCUUUUCAAGUUACAGAGCGAAUGUUAUAGGAAACCUCAAAACUGCUGUACAUUUGGGGUAAAACGAGCAGGAUUGCGAUUCGUGCGGCCAUUGUAAUUCUUUCCAUUGAAUUCCUUGGACAUUUUUACAUAAGAAACGCUUUAGUUUGUUGACCUAUCUCAAUUAGUUCAUGAGUUACAGAAUUGUUUCAUAGAUUUUUUCUUACUGUACGAUGGGUCAAGUUGUGUAAAAAUUUGUAAUUUAUUUUAACAAUAAAUAUCGGUAUACUAAUGUAAUACUAAGUCGAAAUUGUUUAUUUUUGUUAUCGUAUAUGUAAAAUACGCAUGUUAAGUAAAUUGCAUAGUAAACUGAAAACACACUAUCGCUACUAAGCUAGUUAACUAGAGCUCGUCACGAAUCAAAUUUAUAUUUGACCAUAUUUUUAGUAGAAUGUACUCUUCUCUGUGCACAUAUCUGUGAAUCGUUCCUCAGAACAUUACCAUCGUAAAUCGCCACGCCAUAACGAACUCGAGCUCUGGCAACUCAUCCCGUGUUGCCGUCACGCACCAUUCAGCCAACGCGCUCUGGCAACUGAACUGACACCGGUAGAAAGGAUGCCCUGCGGUAACCAUGCAGGGCCCGAUUUGUUGUCAGUAUUCGUUCUCCUGUCGUCCCGACGACUAGAUCAUUUUGUCGCCCCGGUGAAAGAUACGCGUCUAGUGGAAAAGUGGUAAUCCUGUCGCGGUUACCUUUUACGCCGAGUCACUGUUUCGUCGUGUUUCGGAAGAUGGUGUUCCGGGAAAAUCAAUAGCAUUGUUUUAGAAGUCCCCGGAACAGGAAAGAGUCCAACCAACUAGACGUGGCGGAAAACCGAAACUGCUGCUGGAAAGGAAGACUGUGUUUUUACUGUUUGUGUGUUGUUAUAUCCACUUACACGACCCAGUAAGAUCAUUUACAACAAGUGAUAACAAACAAACGAAGCGGUGCCGACCGAAGUUACCCGCAGAAGUGAUAAUUUUUUUAGUAGCGCCCGUCCCCGACCCCACAAAAAGUUUUGCUAGUGAAGAAGAUAAGUGAUCCAACAGUCCAACAACGAACCAUCAAUUACCGACAGGGGGUGAACGAGUCCUUAGUUUGAGCAGCUCGAUCUACCCCGUGACAGUUCCCCCGGUGACCGUAUCCGUUCACCCCGCCGCAGUAAGGCCAAACCAACGGAGCAAGCUGGCUACCCACAUACACCCGACGGAAUCGCUCGCCGUCGCACAUCACGGCGCAAUGGCGAUACCGAACGCUGCUGGACAGCUUGAGGGCGCACUGGCGGCGCCGAAAUACGGAACGCUCAUUCCAAACCGAGUCUUCGUCGGUGGCAUCAGCGGUGACACGACGGAAGCGGAACUGUGCCGGCUUUUCUCCUCGUACGGCAACGUCAAGUCCACGAAAAUCAUCGUCGAUAGGGCGGGCGUCAGCAAAGGCUACGGAUUCGUGACGUUCGAAACCGAGCACGAGGCACAAAGACUGCAGAGCGAUGUAAGUAUGAAGGGCGACUGCAUCGUGCUGAGAGAUCGCAAGUUGAACAUCGCACCGGCGAUUAAGAAGCAGACAAUCUGUGCAACGAACGGUGCCGUGUACUAUGCAGCCACUCCUCCAACCCCGACGAUCAAUAACAUCCCAAUCGAACAGUUUGCGACAGUCUAUCCGCCAGGUGUGCCAACUAUCUAUCCGCCAACGAUGCCGUAUCAGCCGUUCUAUCAGUACUACAGUGUGCCAAUGAAUGUUCCGACUAUUUGGCCUCAGAACUAUCAAGACGGCAACGAUUACUAUUGAAGAGGGCGGAUGUUUAUUUGAUUUCUUUUGCCGACGCGAGAAACACUAUCAGCCAAUUGAAACAACAUUAUCCGAGGUGCUGUGUCCGAAUAGCUUGCAGAAGGGAAGAUCCGUUUGGGGGAAAUGUUGGUUCCGAACGUUCCUCAAAUGGUUUCUUCCUUGCGCUUAACUGUUUCUUUAAGGCAAUCCGAAACGAAGCAAAACUUGAUCGUCAGAUUUAAAUUUACAAUUUUUCAUUUUUUUUUUUUUCUAUCUCUGUCUUUUUCCUGUGAUCGUCGUUCUCUCUUGCAGGAAUCUACCCUUGUUAAAAGAAUGAGAACAAACUAGACAAACAGAAACUUAUUUAUUAUCAUGAGUAAUAUUUAUACAACAAAAAUCACAUCUAUAUAUAAAUAAUUGAAUUAGACAAAAAAAUCCAUUAGCAUAAAUGAUGAACCUAAUAAACAAAAAAAAAACAAAGAACAAAAAUGCAAUAAGUAGCGAAGCAAGAAAUCACAGAAUGGAGGAUAUAUAUAAUUAGUGAAACGGAUGCGGGAGCGCCGCCGAGAAGGCAUUAGUGUACAUAUACAGAUACGCUCUAGUAGCACGGUAGCAGAUACCGGCGAGGAACCCGUUUUCCAUUUUUGUACCACUCGUCCGUUGCGUUUGCAACUGGCAAGCAGAACGGAUGUUCCGGCGGGACGAUGGAAGUCCGACACAGCCCUUCUAGCGGAAGAUUGGGAUUGUGGAUGCGCACAUAUACCAGAGGCUACUAACAUCGAAUAUAUCUUAUAAACGAUAUUUAUACAUAAACUUGCGAAAAAAAAGACCUAUACACAACCAGCACAGCAAUUAGAGAUAGCGUGUGAGUGAACGAAUGGCGGAAGUGAAAAACGGGAAACCAAUUCUAGCUAGUGGGCUAGCUACCAUAGACGAGCACACUAGCAGUUAGAAGAAAAAAUAGUAACACACAGAUCAAUGUCAGGAAGACCGAAGUUUUUGAUUAAGGUUUUACCGUUUUUUUUUGCUUCUUUCCUCCGGAUCGCAGUCAUUAUUUUCCGCGUUUCGUAACGUUUGUUUGUGUUUAUUUUUUUAUGUUGGCUACCGUCUUCAAUGUGACGGGAUGAGGCGAAUCACUAUAAAUAGCUAUUUAAGAAAAAUGACCUAACAAUUAUCCGAGAUAGAAGGAGAGCGACAGUGAAAUUUGCUACAGCGCGAUUUGCUAGUGAGGAACGAAAUUCAAAUUAAUACAUGACUGCUUUUUUAUUAGGAUGUCAAAUGAUGUUGAAAGUGUGGAAAAGAUUGCAGAGGAAAAAAAACAUACAAAAGACAGAUUCCAUGUAGAAGAGAGAGAAGAAAAAAAAAACACAACAUGCGAGUGAAAACGAUUAAUCGUCGUAUCGGAUGGGAAGAUGCGCUUCCCGUUCGGAAUGUUGAAUCUUUUUACUUUUAAAGUAAAACAUUGUUGAACAAUAUUAACUUAUUAUUAGAUACUACUGUAGAAUAUAAGACUAUAUGAGCCAUCGGGUGGAUAACGGCGAGUCAGUUAGGGUAGUUCUAACAAACAUAACUGAAUCGGAAUAAAUCCGUGAAUAUUUAUGAUACGAGCAAAACAAAAAAUCCAUAUACUUAUACAUAGAAAAUAUAUAUAUACAAGCAGUACAGUAAUAAAUCGAACAAAGAGUAGCAACACACACUCAUGAAAUAAACUGAUUAAGAAACAGACGAAGCUGUACAGAAAGCAAGUCACUAGUGUUGGACCUAAAGCGUCAAUCAUCAACGACUAAACAACCACAUACACUUAUGUGAUCAUCGAACACAUCCUAACCCCUCCAACCCCAAUAAUACACAGUCGAGAUUAGGUUUGACCAGAUGACCACUUCUGACAGCCGACGAUUGACAUCUAUCACAAGUACGUACGGGAUCUCUAUGACGAUAACGUCGAUGCAGACUGAAUACACUUACUACCCACUGCUUCACCGCACUCGUGCGCAAACUGGCUGCCCCAGAUCUAGCAAAGCAAGAUGGAAUUUGGAAUGAAACUAAAUCAAUAAGCUCAUCAAGUGCGGCAUUUUGUUUCAAACUUACGUAGCCUUUCUUGAUUGGAAUACCUUGAUGCAUAAUUGCAUAUCCCCUAGAGUCUGACUGUAGUUGUCAAGAAUGUGAAAUCCAGCAGCUGUAACAAACAAAUGCAACUAGUUCCGUUCCUAAUUCAAAGAGUAAGUUGUAGAUAUGUUGCUCAAGUUCUAAAACGAAGCAAAGUAUUCUCCACCCACCCGUUAUGGAAUCGUUUCUUCGAACUGUUCAAUGAGUGGAGAACAAGCGUUCAUGAAUGAUUAAUCUUUUUCGAAAACUUACGAUUUAGAUAGUCAUAAUCGUUUGUGAAUUAAAUAUCUCCGAUUACCCGUCAUCUGCUUAACCUCUACGAACCGGUCGGACUUGUUGAGCUCCUAACAACGCUUCUCUACCAGAUAUUCGCCUAGUUUUAAAGGGCACUUGAAUGUUUUAUGCACCUUUCAUCAUCAACACUAAGACAUAAAACGGUCCUUUUCAGGGUAUCCUUAAUUCUUAAAUAUUCAAAAAAAAAAAUCGAAGUGAUUUUGACAAUAAUUGUCUAGUCCUACGUCAACAGCUUGAACAACCCCAAUCGGCUAUUCCUUGUAGUUUUGUUUUUAAAUUUACGGAUCAUAUUUGGCUGCACCUCUAACACACAGCCUACCAAGCGUAAUUUGCUUUCAAUUUUCAAAUGAAUGAGAUUUUAGAUGGAGAAGUCGGUUAAAGUUUCACUCAAUUCGAUCUCGUGUAUUUGAAUUAUUUAAUAAAUUAUACGAUGUUUUUUUAGUUUGAGAAUUUUGAAGAUAUGUGACAUUUUGGAAGAUUUCUGAUGCUUCGAAAACUUCAAAAAUCAGUAGAACUUCCAAAUGAAGUGUAGAUUUUCCAAAUAAAGUGAAUUUUCAAACUGUCAGGAUUUGUUCAUGUGAUACGUACUUCAGUGUAUUUAUACCGAAAUUAUUGAUUCCUAAUGCAAAAUUUUUCUAUACUGAGUGAAUUAUAUCGUUACAAUACCAUUUCACGACAGUAGACACCAGUUGCUACUCAGUAAUCUGAAUCGCCCAUGUAACAAAUUGUGUUGGCCUUAAGUUGUCGCUUGCAGAUAACAGUUCUUGGUCUUAGAAAUUGACAAUUUAUUUGGCUGUGGAACUUGAAAAUUUGUUUCGAACAAACGUUGCAACUGAUUCUUAGUGUUGCUUCCAGGUCGAGACCUGGAAUUUCAAACAACUUGAUAGUUGUCAUAUGAGUUCCACCAACUGAUGGCAAUUUUUUCCUUACGGUUUCUAGGAACAGUCACAUAUUUCUUAAAAAAGUACCACCCGUCGCUAGUCAGAAGCUCUCCGCUUCUAAAAGGUGAUUUUUUUGAGGUUAGGAUUUUCAUGCAUUAGUAUUUGCUCAGAUUUUUUGAGGUUAUGAUUUUCAUGCAUUAUUAUUUGCUCAGUAUGCUCUGACAUUUCAUCAUGAAUAGACUUACUAACGAGCAACGCUUGCAAAUCAGUGAAUGGGCCCUAGAAAAGUUGGCAGAAAAUCCGCUUUUUUAUCGACAAAUUUUGUUCAGCGAUGAGGCUCAUUUCUGGUUGAAUGGCUACGUAAAUAAGCAAAAUUGCCGCAUUUGGAGUGAAGAGCAACCAGAAGCCGUUCAAGAACUGCCCAUGCAUCCCGAAAAAUGCACUGUUUGGUGUGGUUUGUACGCUGGUGGAAUCAUUGGACCGUAUUUUUUCAAAGAUGCUGUUGGACGCAACGUUACAGUGAAUGGCGAUCGCUAUCGUUCGAUGCUAACAAACUUUUUGUUGCCAAAAAUGGAAGAACUGAACUUGGUUGACAUGUGGUUUCAACAAGAUGGCGCUACAUGCCACACAGCUCGCGAUUCUAUGGCCAUUUUGAGGGAAAACUUCGGAGAACAAUUCAUCUCAAGAAAUGGACCGGUAAGUUGGCCACCAAGAUCAUGCGAUUUGACGCCUUUAGACUAUUUUUUGUGGGGCUACGUCAAGUCUAAAGUCUACAGAAAUAAGCCAGUAACUAUUCCAGCUUUGGAAGACAACAUUUCCGAAGAAAUUCGGGCUAUUCCGGCCGAAAUGCUCGAAAAAGUUGCCCAAAAUUGGACUUUCCGAAUGGACCACCUAAGACGCAGCCGCGGUCAACAUUUAAAUGAAAUUAUCUUCAAAAAGUAAAUGUCAUGUACCAAUCUAACGUUUAAAAUAAAGAACCGAUGAGAUUUUGCAAAUUUUAUGCGUUUUAUUGUUUAAAAAAGUUCUCAAGCUCUUAAAAAAUCACCCUGUAUGUGGCAGCAUACGGAUUUUGUGUUGUUCAGUCAAAACAUGAUUCAUCUCUCAAAACGGUUGAUAAUUGAAAAAUAUGAUGAAUGUAGAAAGUGGAAGAAAAAACACGUUCAUUUGUGCCAUAUUUUCACACGGAUUCCAAAAUGUCAAAGCAACUAAUGGUCGAACGUUGUCACGUAGCAAAAUUAGUUUUGUUGUAUUUUAGCUCGUUAUGCUGCCAUUGAGGUUAAAACAGAUAGUCAAGUAAAGCGAGACAAACAUAUUUGAAUCUGCUACAGUUUAUAAUGUACAUAUCGUGCGUAAUACGAGGUAUUAAUAUUAAACCUUGAGUUAUUGUCUGUCAAUAUUGGUACAUGAUAAUUUAUUUUUUUUCUCUUUAUUGACGGUAAGCCAUCUCUGAAAGUGAAAGUACAAUGCAGCAAAAAUCUGAUAAUAUUAUCUGAUUAUUCAACUCAAACUACGCAAUGCGCAUAUCUCUCGCAUAGCUAUUCUGUUGCCAUAGAAAAAAAAAUUAAAAUCGACAUUAUCAGCUCAGAGUAAAAGAGUUUUAUUCACUUUUGCAAUGAUUUUUCUAAUGAAUUUACUCGCUUUUACUAGAAAUUGUUAAAAACAUGAACUAAUUCGAAACUUUCCUGUCGGUCGUCGAUGUCAUUGAAAUUUCGCUUACUUUAUUAGUGUGUUAGCGUAAAAUUCAGGUGAUUUGCGGCAUUUUAUUACACUUCAGCUUUAGCUAAAUAAACUUUAUUGCUGAAUCUUGGCAAAACAAUUACCGAGAUUUGUACAACCGAGUGCUCUGCAAAAUGGCAGCAGCAAUAGAAUCAUGGAUAGCCGAGUCAACCGCAAUCGAGCGUAGAAAGGAUUUUGUUUUAUUAUUCCAUGAAAAAUUUACCACAAAAGCCAUGUUUGGGGAAUGAGUUUAUUUUAUCAAUGUACACUUUAUUUCAAAGUAAAAAAUUCAUAUCCCGAAAAGAAACAUCACAGAUAAAAACAUUUGUUUCUAGUGCUCCUCCUACCUGGAAAUAAACAAAUAUUCAAAAGUUAUAUGAAAAGAACAUUUUGAUCCCAUUUAGCUUUUCAUGUAAUACUGAAAUCUCUUUCUUUCGCACAAUUCGUAUAUAAUUUCCAGCUCCACGAGACGGCGACUUCCGGUGUUAUUAGUCUUUCUGACAGCUCACUUACAACCACAAUUGCAAAUGAGAUUGGUUUGUUUACAUCAUGAAACGUCUGCAUUAAACACGAUUCAGACGAUCAAUCAACUUUGGUCGACGUCAAGAUUAAUUUACUAAUAUUUUUAGCCAAAUAUUACUCACGUACCAGACGUCGAAAUUUUCCGUGAACUUGACGUUGUGUCCUUUCAUAUGAAUUGCUUACAAUUAAUGUUGUAGUUCUGUAACCGUUCGAUGUCGGUGGUAGUCGCCUGAUGCCACUUGUGAAUCGCUUUUACAUAUUGUUUUGUGUUCACCAGGAAAUAUAUUGGCCACCCAUUUUUCACUAGGGUCGCCGUUCAUUUUUCACCGGACAUAGAAACCGCAAUACAAAAUCAACAGGUGACAUUAGAUGACAAGUGUCUCGCCGAGUUUCAGUGAAAGCUAACACACUGUUCGAAAUUUCGCCAAACGAAUUUGCUGAUUUCGGUAUAUUUGUAUAUUUUCACUGACAAGUUCAGCAACAUAUAAUGCCAAACUUCGGCAAUAAAAUGCACUUUACCGAGAUAUCAGAACUUUAGAUUAACGAAUAUCGGCAAUAAGCAUGUGAAUUACUACACAAUCAGUAGAAUUUUGUGUGGCCGAUCUAAUUCGACAUUUAACCAUGCCGAUCUCGAGAAUCGGUUUUAAGUGUGUAGAGGAGAGGACGAUGCUUUCAAAGGUAAGCCUUUUUAUUAUUCCACAAUUCUAUCCCACUCGGAUUUGAUUGGGAAUUAAUUCCGAACUGAGAAUGUGCGAUGUAUCAUCUCUGAACGAGUAGCGCCUCUGCAUUUCAGUACUUACAAACAUACACACCUAGAAAAAAUCGUGUAUAUUUACGUCUUGUGAGACCGGUAUAUAUGAACAUCAAAAAUGACUUAAUUUUACAGUAAUUUAAACUUAUAUUCAAUGCAUUCUGGCAUAUUUUGAAUAUCGUAUUUACCGAAGUUCGGAAUUUUAAAGUUAUUUUUACCAAGUGGGUGGUAUGUUUUUACCGUACUUGGCGUCUAUUCAGAUUCACCGUAUGAAUUGUAUUUGUAUGAAAAAUUUGCGGGUAGCCGUCCGGUUUCAUCCGGUGAAAAUUCGUGUAAUUAUUAUAAAACAAAAUUCAUGUGCCGAAAAAUCGGUUAUUUCUGAUCACUACCGUAAAUUUUCGUCAAAAAAUUUACCGAAUACCGAAAUCAAAACUUAGUGUGUAGAAAACACUACUCUACUUCUUUUUGCACGCUACAAAAAAUAUCAAUCUUUCUACCACACGUGAACAAAUUGACUUCCACUAAUCAAAAACACACUUUGAAAAAUCCCGGUGAUUUUAUAUGGUAUUAGAUGCACAUAAAUAGAGCGUCGAAAUUCACGUAAAUUUUAGUGGAGCGUCACUGUUCACGUAAAUUCAAUAUUGUGUCUAAAAUUUCAUGACAUGGAAUUUAUUAAAAUAGAAAAAUUUUAAAUUUUAAUUUUUUGUGGUGUGAAGAGAUAAUACUGUCUUGAUUAGUGGAGCACUGCUCUAGUACCGUCUAGUCGAUGCCCGAAUAAAACAUAUUGUAGAAAAACAAUACGAUUUGUUGUUACAACAAAUGAACAUGCUUUUCACAAUAGAAUGUAUAGGUUGUUAAGUAUCGUAACAAUUCAAAUCAUAAAAUUUUCUCGUACAUGUUUUCUUGGAAAACAAUUAAAUGUACAGUUUGCGUAUUGUUUGAAACACCACGUGUACAAUAAAUUCAAUUGUGAAUCGUAGAAACAAUACAUUGAAUCAUUGAAAAUGAAAAAAAUCUUAUCAAGAAACAAUAAAAUGUAUUGUAACCCAUAGAUCUAAUUGUGAAUCAAUUGUUUAUGCUGUAAAAUCAAUGGUUUUUUUUUUACUGGUGAUCAAAUCAUAAAUUAAUGCAACAUUCAAACAUGAAUAUAUGAAGUAUGUCAAAUGUACGAGCUAGCCUGUCAAAAACAACCCAUCGGGAGAAAACUGUCCCAGUUUGGCACUAGAAUAAAUGAAGCUCCUUCAAGCAUUCCUCUUCCCGACCAGCUGGGUGGAGCCGCUUGCUUUGAUUGAACUGAGCAAUCCACCUCUACAUCUUUGGGCUAGAUGUUACCGCAUGAUUGAUUGUCUCGAGCAGCCAGUGCGCACCAGUAUUUAUUUUGUUUUGUGUUUUUUUUUUUUGUUACUCGAACUAGUUCUGUCAUUUUUCAACUGCUGCCAUGUUAUCCCCUCCGUCUGCUUGAUUCAUCGGAAAACCGACUACCGACAAAAACAGUGGUGUGAGACUGUGGAUAGUAAAAGAGAGAAAGAGACGGAGAAAGAGAUCCUCGAUAGACAAAACAACACAACAGGACAAUUGUUGAAUGACCACGGUCCCGAACA